AUGGCAACUCUUGCCAGAAGCGCGUUACGUUACGCCGUGGAGAACAACAACAACGUGCAGCGGCUGGGAUUCCUCUGUUACAGUUGUGCCUCCACGUCGUAUCUUCAGAUAUGGAAUCAGCAUCUGCUCGGCCAUUACUUUCCGCCCAAGAACUUCACCGACAGCUGCUGGAAGCCGGGACCUGAGGUCGGGGUACACACGUGUAGUACGGCGUGCUUCACGAUAGUCGAGGAGAUAUUUGGUCACAGUAAGUUUUUAUAGUUUUAAGAGACUUAACCGUCAAAGUAAUUUUGUUGUAUGCCAAAUUUAACUCGAAAUAGCACUUAGUUAUGCAUUAAUUGUUUUCUGGUCAUUGUUACUAAAUAUUGGAAUAAUUAAGCGACUCUACUAAUUCUGCUGUAUUUAUUGAGAUUUAGUAUUAAAAUUGAAAAAUAAAUUUCCUUCUUAUGUAAACAUCUGCCACAUGAAGUGUUAUAUAUGGUUUCACAACGUCUUUGAUCAUAAAACAACACCUUAUGCUAUAAUUUUUUAAUUUUUUUGAGAAGUAUGUAGAAUUAUUUACACUAAUAUUGUAACGCAAUAAUAAAAUUACUCUUUAUAAUACCAAAAAUACUCUUCACAUUCGCUUAUGGAUAGUACUUGUAGCAAAUCGAGAAGCCGUGAUGAGAGGCUGCAUCGACAGGCUACUUUUAUUUGGUCUUGAUGAUGACAUCAAGACUGCCAUUUCUCAACUAGGCCCCCGAUCCUGCCGAACCAUUGACAGACAUUUGCUCAAUCUCGUAUCUCUAAGUGAUAAUGUGCCUUUAGUAAGUUUUACAUUAAUUAAAAGUGGAAAACGCAACCUUUUCUUAAUAUCUGUUAUAUUGCUCUUCUCUGCGUUGGCUAUGAUUGUCAAAAAUAGCAUACAAUAUUUUUUUUGAGUAGUUACGUGGCUAAAUACAAACGACUUUUUUUUCAAAAUAUACGAUGAAAUAACUAUUUACCGAACAAAGAUACGGUCGCGUUUAUCCCAUUAAUCUUUAAUGGCGAAAAUAUAUUAGUAUAACUGCAUUAACUGCACUUUCUUCUUAAACACAAUUAGCAAAGCCUACGGUAUACAUUUCAAAUAAAAUUAUGAGUUUUAAUUUAAUUUACCUUAUUUUAGACCUAAACAUAAUUUACUUAUUAAUAACUGUACUUACCUUACAUAAAAAGCCCCUCCAAAGUAACUUGUAAUACUAAAAAAAGUUUUGAAAGCAUAAAUUUAAAUAAAAAGCUUUAUAAUAAUAUAGUUGUAAAAAUUUGAAAUAAAGAUAACACUUGAACACCAUUUUAGGUAUUAAUGUGCUCGUGUACUGGAAACAUGUGUAAUUCAGAUGAAGUCCAAAACACUACAAAUUCGGUUAAUAUCUGCAUAUUCCUUGUGCUACUACUGUUGUGUUUAAUUAUUCGACGGUAA